GUCGCGUCAAGUCGCAAGGAAAAAACGGUCCACAAAUAUUAUUAAAAAAAUACAUUUUAAUUUAAACAAAGUUUCUGUUCCAAAAAAAAUAAAUAACUGUGCAAAGAAAUGAUAAAACAAGUAGAAUAAAAAGUUAACAAAUAAUACAAAUUAAUUAUUAUGUUGCACAUAUUCGAAUAAUAAUUACUAAAACCCAAGUCAAAUUUACAACUUGAGAUUAACAGUGUUUUUAAAAUAAAUCUAAAUAAAUUUUAAGAAACACAAAGUUUUUAAAAGUGUAAAAGUAUGAAAAAACAGCAGUAUUUAAAAGUUAAACACUAAAUAUAUUUUGAAGUACAACUUAUUAUGAGGGUUUGAAAUUCCAAACAACGAAAAAUAAACCUCAACUAAAUAGGAUUAAAAGUUUAAAAUAAAAACAAAUCAAAUACCAACUGAACUUUGUUCAGUAAAAUCGCAAGAUAUGUUUGAGAAGAAUAUGGAUGGCAACAAUUUGUCGGUUUCGAUUGGCGGAGAUUUGGAUUCUACGAGUUCCGGCGGCACUUCCUCGGAUCACUCGGCUGUCCAACAGGAUAACCUAAGUUCGCCAAUGGCCUACGGAUCACUCUUUCUUCCAAAUGCUGGUUAUCGUGGAAACCUCUCUUGCAAAACAGUUUUGCAAUUGGAUAAAUUUGCACCUUAUGAAGGGGCGGAAAAGGAUCAUCUGCUGGAGCGACGGUUCCAGGAUAUAACCAACGAUUAUGAUAAGUCACCUCCGCCCACCGCCUCAACCACGCCCACCCACUAUCCCAGCCUAAAUAGCAUAAUAUUUGAGAACGGUAGUGGCGGCGCUUUAGGAGAUCUCAAUGGCAAUACAAAGACCGAUUCCUUAUGCGGCAAUUUGCAAAGGAGUGGAGGAGGCUUGGGUGGUAAUCCCGGAAGUGGAGGCCACCUCAUCUCGAAUCUCACCGCCGCCCACAACAUGUCCGCAGUAAGCAGCUUUCCCAUCGAUGCCAAAAUGCUGCAGUUUUCCACGGAUCAGAUCCAGUGCAUGUGCGAGGCUCUCCAGCAGAAGGGCGACAUCGAGAAGCUGACCACCUUCCUCUGCAGCCUGCCGCCCAGCGAAUUUUUCAAGACCAACGAGAGUGUCCUGCGAGCCCGUGCCAUGGUGGCCUACAAUCUUGGCCAGUUCCACGAGCUCUACAACCUGCUGGAAACGCACUGCUUCUCCAUCAAGUACCACGUUGAUCUGCAGAAUCUCUGGUUCAAGGCGCACUACAAGGAGGCGGAAAAGGUUCGUGGUCGUCCACUUGGUGCUGUGGACAAAUAUCGCCUGCGGAAAAAGUAUCCCCUGCCCAAGACGAUUUGGGAUGGCGAAGAGACGGUCUACUGCUUCAAGGAGAAGUCGCGGAACGCCUUGAAGGACUGCUACCUGACCAAUCGCUAUCCCACGCCCGACGAGAAGAAGACGCUGGCCAAGAAGACGGGACUCACGCUCACCCAGGUCUCCAACUGGUUCAAGAACCGCCGGCAAAGGGACCGCACGCCCCAGCAGAGACCAGAUAUUAUGUCGGUGCUGCCUGUGGGCCAAUUGGACGGCAAUGGAUUCCCGCGCAUGUUCAAUGCUCCAAGCUAUUAUCCCGAAACUAUUUUCAAUGGGCAAUAAACUGCGACCCAUGCGAGGCUGUUUUUUCGUGUAAAUAAAGCGUAAUGCGUUUCUAUGUUAGGACAAAAGCAAAUGGAAAAUUGGUCAUCAAAUGGCACAUCUUCGUUAGCUUUAGAAUAAACUAAUUUUGCUUUAUGUAUUGUACAAUAAUAUUAAUAAAAAAUAGUAGACAAAUAA